AUGCAUCUCUCUUUCCUAACGAGCUUCUUAGCCAUGGCUCCAUUAGCCAAUGCUAGAUAUAUCAUGUACUUGACUGGUCAGCACAACGAUGUUCCAGAGCCGGCUCUAGUGUCCCAAAUAACUCAUGUUGCAAUUGCAUUUAUGCAAUCGUCAACAUUCAGUCAGGCUAGCCCCUCCGAAUGGCCAUUCUUCACAACCGUUGAAGAAGUACGAUCGAAAUUCGUUCAAGGAACUUCGAUCAUGGUUGCCAUUGGUGGUUGGGGUGAUACUGGCUUUCCAAUUGCUGCGCAGACAAGUAGCAGCCGAAAGUUGUUUGCGAAGAAUGUGAAAGCGAUGGUUGAUUACACAGGAGCGGAUGGCGUUGAUAUUGAUUGGGAGUAUCCUGGAGGGAACGGUGAGGACUACAAACAAGUUCCCAAUUCAGAGAAAGAAUGGGAGAUCACAGCCUAUCCCCUUCUCCUAGAGGAGAUCCGGGCAGCCCUCGGUCCCCAAAAGGUUAUCUCAGCUGCUGUACCAGGCUUACUCCGAGAUAUGCUUGCAUUUACAAAAUCAACAGUGCCAUUAAUCAGCAAAUCAGUUGACUUCCUCAACAUCAUGACCUACGACCUCAUGAAUCGCCGAGACAUUGUCACUAAGCACCAUACAGGCGUCGAACUCUCUCUAGAUGCCAUCAACGCUUAUCUGGAAAAUGGCCUAGCUCCAGAGCAGGCCAAUUUAGGCUUGGCUUUCUAUGUCAAGUGGUUCAAGACAGAUCCCGAGGGGAACUGCUCCGCGAACAUUCCCGUCUGCAAAACUGUCUUGAUGGAAGAUCCGGAGACAGGAGCAGAUCUGGGUCAGGCAGGAGCAUUUUCUUGGAUCGACAAUGUUCCAAAUGAACUUGAGCACUCAUUCAACAGAGCCUUAAAGAAAGGACACUACGACGAAAUACACGGAGGACAUUACUAUUGGGAUGAGAGCCAAAACAUCUGGUGGACAUGGGACACGCCGAGAGCAAUCUUGAAGAAGUUCCCACUUAUCGUUGAGGAGAAAAAACUUGGUGGAGUAUUUGCUUGGGGUCUUGGAGAGGACUCCAAGGAUUGGAGUCAUCUGAAAGCAUUGACGGCUGGGGUCGAAAAAUAUCACCUGGGCUCCAACCAGGCAGAGAAACAAAAAGCCAGUUCUGAUUCGAUAUACAAGGACGAGCUUUAA